AUGGUUACCCUUACCGAGGUCGAGGACGAGCACUUCCAGCACGCCCACGCCGUUGAAAUCGAGGACGACGACUUUACCGAUACCGAAUCCGAAAUUUCCAACGAGUCCGACUUCGACCCCUCAGAAGAGACGCUCGCCGAGCGCCUGUACGCCCUCCGCGACAUCAUCCCGCCCACGACCCGCGGCUGGGUCUCGAGCCGCGUCAACGCCGUCGCCGGCGCCGCCUGGAGCGCGCUGUCCUUUGGCGGCAAGAGCGCCUGGGUCAUCACCACGUCGGCGCUCUUCCUCGGCGUGCCGUUUGCGCUCUCGUUCGCCGAGGACCAGCAGCUGACGGCCAUGGAGGCCGAGUACAACAUGCGCCAGACGGGCAGCGAGCUGCUGACCGCGGGGGCGGACCAGAGCACGGCGGAGCAGGUGGGCGCGGCGCUGGGGUCUGAGCAGGCCAAGCCGGCGCUGUGA